GAAAUUGAAAAUAAUGACAUUUUAAAUUUGUCAGCGAUUAUCUUAAUUUUUGUUAAUGAAUUCCGCUGUUUCGAACGCUAUGCGGUUUUGAAUAAAUGAUGGAGUUCAGACAAGCAUACGGCCUUCGAAACUAGUAGGUGUUACAAUGGUCACGCCGUGGUUCAUCGUGCUAUCAUUUGCCGUAGGCUUUGUCACCACGUACAAUUCUACUUGGGAUAAAACAUGUUUUAAGAUUAAAACUAACAAACGGGCUGAUGACUGCUGCAAUAUCCCAGGAUCGUUCGAUGAAGCAUUACUUAAGCAAUGUUACGAUGAAAAGAAAUUCAAAGAAAACGAACAAGAAGGCGUAACGUGUAUAGCGGAGUGCGUCGCCCGAGAACUGGGUGCCUACAAGAAUAACAAAUUGGUCAAGGAAAACGUUCGGUUGGUGUUCGAAAGCACAAUUGGUGGCGAUCUGAACUUGAAACCCGUCUUAGAAGGAGUCUUCGAUAAAUGCUACGACCGUAUAUCUGAGAUUGAUGCCCUUGAUCGCAACAAGACUGGAGCAGCAUGUCACUUUGCACCAGCAUUUUUGCUGGACUGCGUGCAUUCGGGGAUAUUUGAGAAAUGUCCUGCUGGUGUAUGGGACGGCGGUGAUGGUUGCGAAGAGCUUAAAGAGAAACUGAAACGAGGUUGUCCAUACUUUGCUAUUUCAGAAACACUUUAAAGUUGUUCAAUGAGAACUUUGCUUGUGAAAGUCGACAGCGUUUUGAGCAGAUAUAUAAAAUAUCAUAUAUGUUUUCCAUUCAAAAUCCGAAGGCUAACCAUGUGUACGUACACACUUCAAACAAGAUAUCAAUUGCGGUAAAUAGCUUGCUGAGAAUCUCGGUACGAGACACAGAAGAGUACUCUACAGUUUAAGUCGAAAUACGUGGGAUGCAAACAGAUAGUUGGGUUUAAACUGAACUGUAUUGAUCUCGAUUUUCGUUUAUUCUUUUUUUCAUGACAAGCGAAACUUUUGAUUAUAAGGGCUAACAAAUAGCUCUGUAUGUAUAAAUUACCAUCAUCAAAGCUAAAAUGAUAGCACUUUCACGCUUUAAUAUUAUCCUGUAAAACAGAUAAGGAUAUCUGG